AUGGCGCGACUUGAGGCGGAUGCCAGUGUAACUGCAAGUACGAAUACGUGGCUGAGGACUCAUCAGUCAUCAUCAUCCUCGCCACAGCCACAGCCACUACCUGUGCCACAUCUCUCUCUUGCCGCUUCAACAACAACCCCACCUCGGUCAAACACGGUUAGUCUCGCCAAGGAGUCAUCCCGGGCCCUGAUCUUGAACGUCAGUUCAACUCCCCAGGCGAAUCUACCCCAGGCUAAAUGGCCAUUAUCCCACCAGACCGCUCCUUCAACACGUCGAACUCCGUUCAGAUCAUCAAGAAGAACAAUCUCAUAUACCCUAGCAGAGCCUGAACCCGAUUCAUCCCCAUCGGACUCGGAAACCUUGCCUGCGACCCCACCAACCGCCACCCACGAUCUCCGCCACGACGACGCGACUAUUCCCUAUGAAUACGCGCAAUACUUCUCUGACGACUCUGAUAUAGCGGAAGAUGCUAGGAUCGAGAAAAGUAUGGGUGUAAUCAGGAAAAAUGCAGCCUCCCGAGGCGGUGAUGGCGGCACAAAAUACCAUUGCGAUGUCUGCUCCAUCGACAUAACUUCUACGGUUCGCAUCUCUUGCGCAAACUCGGCCUGUCGCGAUUAUGAUCUAUGCGUCCCUUGUUUUGCACGUGGCGAACAUACAAAGUCCCACGAUCCCCGUACUCAUGAGUAUCAUGUGGUUGAACAAAAUUCCAUCCCCAUUUAUACAGAAGACUGGGGUGCCGAUGAAGAACUGCUAUUGCUGGAAGGGUCUGAAAGAUAUGGUCUUGGCUCUUGGGCGGACGUAGCAGAACAUAUCGGUGGAUAUCGGGAGAAGGACGAAGUUCGCGACCACUACAUCGACACAUAUAUCAACAGUUCUCUAUUCCCACUGCCCGAAUUAGCCGACCCUGCAGACACAGCCUUGUUUCAGAGAAUACCCAAGGACGAAUUUCAAGCUCGUAAGAAGCGACGCAUUGAAGAGCGCAAGGAACCGGCCAAAUCUGCACCGCCAGCCACACCCAAACAGAAACCCACCGCCUCCGUACCUUCCUGUCAUGAAGUCCAAGGUUUCAUGCCAGGUCGAUUGGAAUUUGAGACGGAAUUUGCCAAUGAUGCCGAGGAAGCUGUACAGCAUAUGUCGUUCGAACCUGGUGAUGGUCUUGAUCCAGUGACGGGACUUAUGGACGAAGAGACAACCCUGAAAAUGACCGUUUUCGACAUCUAUAAUUCCAGAUUAAAAGCACGAACGGAUCGGAAAAAGAUCUUGUUCGAGCACAACCUUCUCGAGUACAAGAAAAACCAACUGCUUGACAAGAAGAGAACGAAGGAAGAAAAGGACUUGAUGCACAGAGCUAAGCCUUUCGCUAGGAUGAUGGUUCAUGAGGAUUUCGAAAACCUCAACAGAGAUCUUCUUCUGGAACACAACCUGCGGAUUGCGAUUUCACAACUGCAAGAAUGGAAGCAAAUUGGGAUCAGUGAUCUGAAAGGUGGCGAAAAGUACGAGAAUGAUAAGCAGGCUCGCGUUCAGCGAAAUCAGCCCCAAGGACAAUUUGAUCGGAUGCCUCAAAUCCCUAAGAAGGGCCAACAGAUUCAACAAGCUGAACUUCCAACCGAGGCUUCCAAAUUGACCACUCCCGAGCUACCACUUCGAUUCCAGCGCAAACCCAAGACAGUACCUGUCUUUGCCGAUAGUGCGCCUCCAGUGGAGAAUGAUUUUGACAAGCUGUUCGCUGAGACGACCGGGCCAGAUUCAUCGACGACACCCAAGGCUAAAGUCCGUUAUGUGGUCCAGCCUCUAACUGGUACUGUUCCCUGGAAGCUGGAGAACGAUAAAACCCUGGCUCCAGAUCUUCAAUUACUCAGUGAGGAGGAGGUACAAUUGUGUAAUUCUCUCCACAUUCGCCCAAAACCCUACCUCGCUCUCAAAGAGGGGCUUUUGAAAGAAGCCAUGAAGCAGGGUGGUCAAAUGAAGAAAAAGGAGGCAAGAGGGGUGUGUAGGAUCGAUGUGAACAAAGCUAACCGCAUUUUCGAUUUUAUGAUUCAUAGCGGAUGGAUUGCCAAAGCUUGA